AUGUCCUACGCCGAGUGGAAGCGCGAGCCGACGCUCAUGCAGGUCCUCUUCGGGCUGCACCUGCCCUACCGUCCCCCGCGCUCUUUCAUUGGCAAGUUCUUCUGGCGGCGACGAGUUUGGGUCGAAGUCACCUUCGCGCUGUCUAUGAUGGAGCCCUGGGAGAAGGCCGUUGUCUUGGUCGUAACGUACCUCACGCUCGGCCUCCUCUUCACCGGCAUUUUCUUCUACUUGCCUCACCAUCUGGUUUUCAUUAACGAGCGCGCCGCCUACUACCUCUUCGGCCGCGAUGACGGCCAGGGCGCUGCUUCGGACCUCGCAGACUCCUUCGGUCGCCUCAGGGAUGUUGCCAGCUGGGGCCUCGACACUUCGCUAGGAGCACUGUCCAAGAUGGGUGCCAAGGCGGAGCUUUGA